AAAGCUGGGGAAAGACUCCAGUCCAGUUCACAGACAAAUCUGCACCAGGUUUGAAAAAUCACUCAGACCUGCUGAAGUAAAACCUUAACAACAACUGCCUUCUGAAGCAAAGUCUGUAGGUUUGCAGGGAACGGGCUGAGGAGGGUCACAGGCAAAGAUGGGUUACAGUGGGCUCAGUGCCUUUGGUAGUACCUUGCUUUCAGAGAUGAGGAGAAAGCAGUGAGGAUCAGCAUCAGCCUUCUGGAGAACAGACAACUCGGUGGAGGAUGUCCUAUCAAGAUGAAUAUGGCUCAUUCAAGAAUUAACUUUCUACUCAUCUUCUACCUCAGUUUUUUGCUGCUCAUCCAUUUAAAAAAGUCACUUUGCAUGAGAAACGAUUCCAGGUGCCUGUCAAAUUCCUGCCAAAAGAACUCUACAUGCGCUGCUGGUCACAGGGACAACACUUGCCAUUGUGCAGAUGUACCACAGGACAUUAUGGAGGAACUCUGCAAUAAAACCUCUGAUCCUUGCUCCUCAAACCCUUGUCUUCAAAAUGCUACCUGUUUAAGCUCUCCUGGAAACCUCAGCUUCACUUGUGAGUGCCCCGCUGGGUAUAACGGGUCUACUUGUGAAAGAGCCAUCAGCGUGUGUGACACAAAUCCCUGUGAACAUGGAGGCACCUGCCAAAAUGGCCUGGCUGGGCCCACCUGCCUUUGUAGUGCAGGUUACACAGGUAUGCUCUGUGAAAUGGAUUUUGAUGAAUGCAUUUCUGAACCAUGCCGCAACGGAGCUGUGUGCAGGGAUGGGGUUGAUGAAUACUCCUGCUACUGCGUCCCAGGCUAUCAAGGCAAGCACUGUGACCUGGAAGUGAAUGAAUGUGUGUCAGAUCCGUGCCUGAAUGGGGCAACAUGUCUCAACCAGAUCGGAAAGUACGACUGCAUCUGCCCACUUGGGUAUACAGGUGCGAACUGCGAGCUGGAAAUUGACGAGUGCCUCUCGCAGCCCUGCCUGAACGGCGCGACCUGUCGCGACGCCCUGGGCGGCUUCUCCUGCUCCUGCGCUCCGGGCUUCCAGGGCCACCGCUGCCAGCACGACGUGGACGAGUGCGCCAGCCUGCCCUGCCGGCACGGGGGGCACUGCCACGACCGAGCCGCAGGGUACAGCUGCAACUGUACCGGUACUGGAUUUAUGGGCCUGCACUGCGAGACCCUAAUUCCCUUGUGUUGGUCACAACCCUGCUACAAUAACGCCACUUGCGAGGACAGUGCUGACAGUUAUACGUGCCACUGCUGGCCGGGCUAUACUGGUGCCCGCUGCGAGACCGACAUCAGCGAGUGCAGCAGCAACCCGUGCCCUGCCGAGGCACAGUGCGUGGAGCGCUCAUGGGCGCGCUGGUACGGCAGCAUCCCAGCACUGCCCUCCCACUUCAGCUUUGACAAGGCAGAGGGCUACGUCUGUAGCUGUAAACCAGGAUUUACCGGUAUUCACUGUGAUGAAGACAUCAAUGAAUGUUACAUGAACCCUUGCCAAAAUGGUGGAAUUUGUGAGAAUUUUCCUGGGAAUUACACUUGCCAUUGCCCACCCGCAGACAAAGAAGGGAUUUAUUACGGUGGCUGGAACUGCACAGAAAUUCUCCAUGGCUGUACUGAUCAGCAAUGCCAAAAUAAUGGAAUCUGUAUCCCACAUUUAAAAAAUGGCCAACAUGGAUUCAGCUGCAUAUGCUCACCUGGAUAUACUGGAAUACACUGUGAAACCAUAACUACAUUUUCUUUUCAAGGAAACAGUUUCCUUUGGUUCAAGAAUCCCGUGACCCCUAAAAAGGAAUCUUUCUAUAAUGUAAACCUGAGGUUUCAGACUGUGCAACCCACAACCUUUCUGUUUCAUCGAGGGGAGAAAGACACAUUUGUGAAGCUGGAGUUACUGAAUGGCUACUUACACUUGUCUGUGCAAGUCAAAAACCAGCCACGGGCUCUUUUGCAUAUUUCACAUAAUGUCAGUGAUGGAGAAUGGCAUUCAGUGGAGGUAACCUUGGCAAGAGCUGUUACUCUUAAUUUACUUGACAGCUCUUGUGCAGAAUCAUGUGUCAAUAAAACUUCUGCUAUGAUAGAUAAUGAUCACGUGAGGCUUGCAUUUCAGAGCACAUUUUUGGGCAGCUUACCAGUGGGGAACGUUAGCAGCAGCUCUCUACUUAACAUCAACAAUAUACAUUCUACACCUUCAUUUGUAGGCUGUCUUCAGGAUAUUGAAAUAGACUUGAAUGUUAUUACUCCAGAGAAUGCAUCACCUGAAUCGUCUUUAAAUGUCAAGACAGGAUGUACUAAAAAGGACUGGUGUGAAAACCACCCCUGUCAGAAUAGGGGACGCUGCACCAACCUGUGGCUGAGUUACCACUGCGAUUGCUACCGGCCUUACACAGGGCCCCGGUGCUCAGCAGAGUAUAUUCCGGGCCGGUUUGGAUCUGAGGACUCCUCAGGCUAUGCUGCUUUUUCUGUUGAUGCCACUCAGAAUGAAAAUCUGAAUAUAUCAAUGUUUGUCCGAACACGCAAAUCUUCUGGCUUGUUACUGGCUUUGAGAAACAGUACCUCCGUCUAUGUAAGAGUCUACUUGGAAGGUGGGAAAGUCACAGUGUUAGCUCUAAAUUCCAUGAAGUUAUUAGGAAAACACUCCAUGAAUGAUGGAAACUUCUACUUAAUAACGUUAAAAAUAGAACCAAAUAAGAUUGACCUGUUCCAGUCCUCUCAAUAUCUAGGCUUUAUUUCUACUCCAGUACAAUCCACCCAGAGUAAGAAUAUUCUUUACAUCGGAGGCCUACCAGAUAACAGAGAAACUAAUAGAAAUGGCAGGUAUUUCAAAGGCUGCAUCCAAGAUGUAAGAGUGAAUAACCAGCCACUGGAAUUCUUCCCCAUCACCAAUUCCCAGAAUUCUUUUAUCAACCGAACCCUGGUCAAUGUCACCAGAGGCUGCAUGGGUGACAACCUCUGCAAGUCCAACCCUUGCCACAACGGUGGUGUAUGCUAUUCACUCUGGGAUGACUUCACUUGCACAUGUCCCCCUAAUACAGCGGGGAAAGCAUGCGAGGAAGUUAAGUGGUGUGAGCUUGGGCCCUGUCCUCAUGAAGCACAAUGCCAGCUGGUGCACCAAGGAUUUGAAUGUCUUGCUAAUGCAGUGUUUAGCGGCCGAAGCAGCGCGUUAUUUUACAGAAGCAAUGGGAAAAUCAGCAGAGCCCUCACCAAUAUCGUAUUUGGCUUUCGAACUAGGAACACAGAUGUGAUACUGCUGCACGCAGAGAAGGAGCCAGAGUUUGUUACCAUCAGUAUUCACAACUCCAAACUACUCUUCCAGCUGCAAAGCGGCAACAGCUUUUAUAAGCUGACCCUCGCUAGUUCACUGCCUGUGAGCGAUGGGAAGUGGCAUCAGGUGAUGGUCUCCAUGGUGGAGCCCCUGUCCCAGUUCUCGAGGUGGCACAUUGAUAUAGAUAACAAGAAAGACACUGCAACUAGCACAACUGCUGCAGGAAGCCUCAACUUUUUAAGAGAAGAGACAGACAUCUAUGUGGCUGACAAAGCUUUUGACAGUCUGGAUGGCCUGCGAGGAUGUAUGAGCACCAUAGAAAUCAGUGGCAUUUAUCUCUCCUACUUUGAAAAUGCUGCUGUCCACACUAAAAAACCUCAGGAGGAACAAUUUCUCAAAAUAUCUGCAAACCCCGCUCUUACUGGCUGUUUGCAGGUGGAUGCCUGCAGCUCAGAUCCCUGUGGGCACGAGGGGACAUGUGAAGACUUCUACACCUCCUACCGCUGCGUGUGUGCCCAGGGAUGGACCGGUACCCACUGUGAGACCAACAUCGAUGAAUGCUUUUCCAACCCUUGCGUUCAUGGAAACUGUACAGACGGGAUUGCCUCAUUCGAGUGCAUUUGUGAACCUGGCUACACAGGGUUAAACUGUGAAGAGGACAUAGACAACUGCCAUGGCCACCAGUGUGCUAACGGGGCCACUUGCAUAGAUGGGGUUAACGGAUAUUCGUGCCUGUGUACUAGCAACUUCACCGGAAAACUUUGCAGGUACAGAAAAUUACCGCAUACAGUUUGUGGGAAUGAAGACAGAAAUCUUACCUGUUUCAAUUACGGCAACUGUACUGAUCUCAGCGGUGAGCUGGCGUGUGUGUGCCUGCCGGGAUUUGCUGGAGAACGGUGUGAAAAGGACAUUGAUGAGUGCAGCUCUGACCCGUGCCUAAACGGUGGCCUCUGCCAGAAUUUGCUCAACAAAUUCCACUGCCUCUGCGACGUGAACUACGCUGGGGACCGCUGUGAGAUCGAUUUGACAACUGACUUGAUCUCGAACAUAUUCACCUCCAUUGGCUCAGUAAUGCUGGCCUUGUUAUUGAUCCUCUUCUUGGCAGUUGUGGUUUCAGUCAUUGCUGCCAAUAAACGGGCGACACAAGGGACCUACAGCCCCAGCCGGCAGGAGAAGGAGGGCUCCCGCGUAGAGAUGUGGAACAUGGUGCAGCCACCGCCGAUGGAAAGACUGAUUUAGAGGAAGGCUCUCCUCCACCCUGGAAGACAGCUGAAUGGGGACUGUGUACAUAUGUUAGAUAUGUUCAUUUGCAUUCUGAUACCGGGAACACCUGCUACAAAGAUUACAAUGACUUUGGGCUUCAAUAUUUUCAAUAUUUUCCUUUUAAUUUCAAAAAUACUAAACAUCUCCUAGCAUUUACACGAACCACUGCUCUUUAUCACCGUUUUGGAUCAAAUUGUCCAAGGACAAUUUUUAUUUGCACUGGAAACUUCAGCCUUGGUAAUCAGCAGUAGGCAUUACAGACAGUAAUGGUUUCUGGGAUACUUCUAAGUGCCUGUCUCAGACACAACACAAGUAACAAAACACAUCUCGUUUGUGUUUUCCUUUGCCUGCCUAGCAAUCACUGCUGCAGAAAGCAAUGAAGACAAAUCAAAUAACCCUGCACCAUAGACUUCUAAUUCUGUUAUCAAAGGGUUUAAUACUAGAGCUGUGUCUCAGCAUAUCUACUUUCAUCUGUUAAUCAGGGAUUAAAAGGAAGCUGUGCAAAAACUCUCCAAAAUAAAUGUUUCAAAUUUAAUUGGUUUUCUUUCCUCCAGUUCUUGCAUUUUCUCUGAAGCCUCUUCAUUUUCUACUGAAAAUAAUUUCACUUUCCACCUCCAACAAAUGCAUGCAUUUCUCUGAAUAUAAGCAACUAUGUCCUGAAAUACCCAGCAGACACAACCUGACCUUUUAGCAGACAUGACAAUAAAACAUCCUAAACAAAUUCUGCACAUCCAUACUACCACCAUUUUCUCAUUAUGAUUUUACCCAAUGGUAAUGUCUUUCCCAUUGCCAAUAUAUAUUGGCUGCCAAAAUGACAAGCAUGCUUAAAAAUGUUUCUCAAUGCUCAUGGAAAAUACCAGGAAGGCAGGAGCACUGGCUUGGAAAUAAUGAAAGAGCAUCUCAACAGUCCUGGAGUUCAGACAUCCAUAUAGGCACAGGCAAAUUAUUUUUUUGUAUCCGCAUUUUCCUCUUUUGAAACAGGGAUAAUAUCACUGUAUUCCUCAGUGGGAAAAUUAUUGCAACUACUUGCCAAAAAAAAAA